GGAGCUUCAUUGAAAAAUGAGCCUCUGUUUCAUAGCCUACAUGUUGUGGCUUCGUAUUUGUUAACCGUGUCAACAGUGCAAAAUACUGACUAUAGCCUACGUGGGUAAUGUAAAUUUCAAAUGAAACAAGGAAAUAUAAAAAAAACCAAAAUCAUUGACAGGAAUCAGGCAGGGACAAAAGAGCUCCAACUUCAACACAUCAGGAAAGAGUCAUCUUACAGUCUGGACUGUAAAUUAUAUACAAUUACUCUAAGCAUGCCUCUGACAGUGUCUCAGGGAGAGGGAAUGAUGGUCAUCAGCAUCACCUCAAACCCAAAGAGCAAAUGGCCCGUACUGUGUCAGAUUCUGAGUUCUCUGAGCUAUGGUCCAGUGUGUUUUGCAUCUGAGGAUAUGAAAGAGAAGUUGACAGACACCCAGAGAGUUAUUGGGAUUGUACAGAUAGUAGUUGCAGUCAUGAAUCUUGUGUUGGGUUGUUUUGGCAUCAUCUUCUUUAUUGCUACCACUUCGGUCAGCAGUAUGGUGUUGUCGGUUCUUCAGCUCUGUGUGGUUGUCACUUUCUGUAUUUUGACCAUAAAAUCUUUGUGCAAGAAGGGUGGGAGUGCAAAGUUAGUGGAGAAAACAGCUUCAGUAUCUAGAAGUGGAAUAAGCCAGUAUUCACUUCCGUUUGGUGGCAGCAGUAGCAUGACUCUUGCAUCGUCUCAGGAUAUGAAAGAUAAGCUGACAGACAUUCACACAACACUUGGGGCUGUACAGAUAAUGGUUGGUGUCAUGAAUAUCAAAAUGGGUUGUUUUGGCUUCAUCUUUUCUUUUUGGAUCGGUGGUGUGGUCCUUGUAAUUGGAAUUGUGACUGUUCUUGCAGCUAAGUUUCCAAGUCCUUUCCUACUGGUCAUCACAGUGAUUCUGAAUGUAGUCAGUGCUGCACUGGCAAUCACAGCUGCUGUGCUGUAUUCAAUGGACCUAGCAACUGGAAAUAAUCUGUAUUGUGACACCAGUUAUUACUCGUCUAACGGCUAUGCUGUAACCCCUUCCACUGAGCAGAUGAGGAGAACCGAGAUCUGUGUGAAGUACAAGUAUCUCAAUAAGAUGAUCCUCGGAGGACUAGAUAUCAUGAUGAUAGUGCUGUCGGUCCUUCAGCUCUGUGUGACGAUCAGUUUCUGUGUUUUGACUGGGAAAGCUUUGUGCAAGAAGGAUGAAGAUGUAAAGUCGGUGGAGGAUCCAGAACUUCACAAGCCACUCCUGGAAGAUGACACUCCUGGUCCUGCAUGUUAAAGAAGCAAAAUAUAAAGCAACAAAUAUAUACAGUACACACAACACCACUCAAUAUAGUAGUGAGAUGAUUUCCAAUAUGUUUAUUCUUAUCAGGUGUUUUCCUUAAAACAUUUGGUUACUGCUAGUAAAUGAAGUGCUGCAUUUUGAAAUAAAUGUCUUGAGCACUUUGGCA